AUGUCGGUCGUUGAUACCGUCUUGGAGAUCAUUGACAUAGUCGAUGUGGUCGAGGAGACGAAGGAGAUGGUAGACCAGCUUAACGGCCCCAUCAAGCAGAGUUACAAGGACUAUUUCAACGGUAUUAGGGCUGCAUCUCAGGAAGACGGUCAGUGCGGUUCUACAGAUGAUAAGGACACGCAGGAGGGAUAG